AUGAGAAAACUAUUGACAAUCGCAGUUGCAUUAUUAGUCGGGAUCAUUUCGAGCAAGAAAAUUGUUAUAACUGAGCAAGAGAGAUUAUAAUACAUAAAAGAAUUGAGACAAGAAUUCAAUGAAGCUUAGAAAGUUAUAUCGCAUAUUCAGCAAGAUUUGAAUAAUCUUUAGAGACUUCAACCAGUUGUUGAUGAAGAUGGAUAGCUUUUCCAUACUCUUGAGGUCUCUGAUUUCCCUCAAGUUUAAAAUGUUGUCAAAAACUACCACUAUGUCAACUAUGGAAACAAUGAUAAUCUAAAGUUUAAUAUUGAUGGAAGACCCUGCAGAUGA